CCAUGACUUUUAAAAAAGCAAAAUGUUCAAUUAAAAGCUACUUUCCCACGCCGGUUAAGUUAUCAAAUUGACAGUUGUAUCUCUAUCCACGCCGCCGCAAAUAAUACUAUCAUGUUCAAAUCACAAUUCACCAAAUCAUCCUAAAAUUCAUCGGCCGCCGGAGUUCUCUCAUCGCCGGCGCCGGCGCCACCUCCUCCCCUCCUUAAUGUGCAAAUCCAAAAUGGACACGGCCGCACAAGAGCCAAUUUCCAACCACCACCGCAAACCAAAACCCUCACAAACAACCGCCACCGCCUCAAGCAUUGCUACAACGCCUCGAACACCAAAAUCACAUCUAUCAUUCGAUCGUCCUUCAUCAUCAUCAACCGGAUCUAGUUACAAACUCGGCACAUCAGGUACUUUAGGUACAUCCUCGAUCUCCAGCCGUACAUCCUUAUCCAGUCUCCGUGAAUCUCUACCUGAAAACCCUAAUAUAUACGAUUUCUCCGAAAUCCGCUCAUCCACUAACAACUUCCUCGCGAAACGAUACUCCGGAAGCUCAUCCUCUACACCGUCAUGGCGAUGUACUCUACGCGGUAAGGAUGUAAUCGUUUUUCAACGGAAAUUUCGAAGGAGAUUGGAGACAUCGGAAUUGAAGGAAAAUUUAGGGUUAAUUUGUCGUAGUCAUCAUCUUAGUAUAAUUAAGUUAUUAGGUGCUUCGAUCUCUGGUGAUAGUAUCUAUCUUGUUUAUGAUUUCAUCCGCGGUGGAAAUUUAUCUGAUUGUUUACGGAAUCCUAGAAUCCCUAAUUUCACUGCGUUGCCGACUUGGAUGUCUCGUGUUCAAGUUGCGACGGAUCUAUCUCAUGGACUUGAUUAUAUACAUAAUAAUAGCGGUCAGAAUGUGAAUCUUGUUCAUAAGUUUAUCAAGAGCAGUAGUGUGAUUAUCACUGAACCUUCUUUCAAUGCUAAGAUCUGUCACUUUGGUGCUGAAGCGAUCUGUAAUGGCGGAUACCUAAUUUCUUCCAAGACGAAGGAAUUCAACGAGAUUGAAGAAGAAGAAGAUGCGAAGAAAUCGCAAUCGCAAACGCAAUCGCCGCAGGCGGCGUUACGGAAAUCCGGCAGCCGGACGAUUCAGUUCGAAGGAGUUACAGGAUACAUGUCGCCGGAGUUUCGAUCAACCGGAAUCGCGACACAAAAGUCAGACGUGUAUUCAUUUGGCGUAGUUGUGCUCGAGCUUCUAACGGGUAAAGAACCGGUGAAGUAUACGUUUGAUGUAGAAACACGCGAUUAUAAGUUGGUGUCUUUGAUAGAAACUGCGAGGCAAAUGAUAGAAGGGGGCGAAGGUACGACUACGGAAGGGAGGAUACGAAGUUGGAUUGAUAAGAGACUGAACGACUCGUUUCCUGUGGUGGAAGCGGAGAAGAUGUUGAGGCUUGCGCUGGAAUGUGUGAGUUAUGAUCCAAACGAUAGGCCUGAUAUGAAUCGAGUUGCUGGAAAAAUAUCGAAGAUUUAUUUGGCAUCUCGAAAAUGGACGGAUCAUAUGAGAAUUCCUACCGAGAUUACCAUGUCAUUGGGUCCUCGAUGAUGAUUGUUUGUCACGAGAUUAGGUUAAAGGUUAGUGAUUUUUGAUUUAUCCAAGAUUGUAAAUUUUGGUAACAAAAUAUAGUUUGAGUAUAGAUUAAUUAAUGGAUACACUUUUGUUAUGUAUUGGGGAUCUUAAUAGAUUUUAAAAGAUGUGGCUAACUUCAAAUUGAUAA